CAUUACAAUUUGUUGUCAUCUCCAAUUAAUAAUAAAAAAAUCAAGAAAAAUUGAAAUUUUCUUGCCUUUCCUCCUAAUUUAAGGCCGUUGCGCGAAAAUGUCCGAGAAUGAUGCCGUGGAGGCGGCACCAGCGGAUUCUACGGAAACCACCGAUGAAUCCGGAAAUGAUGAGACAGCGACGAAGCCUCUGCAAAUGUCAUUUGCAGAUUGGAAGAAGUGCAAGGAAGCGCUGAAGCCGGAAUCUAAGGUCGCACCGCAGCGUAGCAAAAACAAUAAUACCGCCAGUAACAAUAAUUAUAACAACAAUAAUAACGCAAACAACAAUGGGCGUAAACAAUGGACACAGAAUGACAACAGAAAUUUUCAAGGAGGAACUAGGAACGAUUACCAGGACAGGAACAACUUUCCGCCGCUGAGCAGACCUCCUCCACUUCCCAUGCAGCUUAUAAAUCUGGGUUUUGGUGGCAACUUUGGCCCAGGCCCCGGUCCAUGUGGUCCGCCCAUGGGACCAAUGGGUCCUGGUCCUGGAGGACCGUGUGGACCCAUGGGAAAUAUGGGUCCUUGCGGACCAAUGGGCUUUGGAGGACCCAGUGGCCCAGGACCACGCCGAAAUAACAACCAACGACCUCUGCAGCCGCCUCCUUUUUGGGAGGACAUGAUGUCACCACAGCACAGACCUCCACCCAUCCAACCGCCCAUGCCCAAAUGUCCCAGCUUGUGGAAUCUCGUGCCUAAGGAACGGGGACAGCAGCGAAAUAAUCAGCAAAAUAACAAGAAGUUCAAGUCAAACAAUCGUGUCAACAAUAGCAAAGAUUCAAAGCUAAUGCCACCGCCGCCGCCGCCAAGCGAUGGAUCCAACACUACGUCGAAUGGAGGAGGAGGAGCCCAGCCCUCUAAGAAACUAAAGCGCGGCGGCACCUUUGUCCAGAUCAACGGCCAGUGGGUCCAGAAGCCGGAGGCACCGCUGCCACUAGAUGAAUCGCCGCCAGGAACUAAAGAGGAGCGCCAGCGUCAGUGGAAGGAAUACCGCAUGGCGAUGAAGCCGUUCAAGAAUCGCGAGUUCCACAACUGGAAGCGAACGGUGCAGCGCUUGGGCAAGCUACCACGUGACCAGCUGGACGAGCAGCAGCUAGAGCGUUUGGAAAAGGCCGAGGAAUACAUUGGCGCCCACAAGGCGAUGCUGACGGUGAAGCACGCGGAGCGCUGGGUGCAGCAGGACAAUAAGAAUGAAAAGGGUCAGGUGUUUGUGCGCAAGUCGGCGAAUAUUGGGUCCUGGGACAUGCCCAAGGAUAAAACUUCGAAUGGCUUUUCCCCAAAACCACAGAUGCAAAAUUUCUUUGGCACAGGGCGUGCCAUUAAGGGCGGUACGGAUCUCUCGGCGAUUGGACAGUUGGCACCCCCGCCGCCGCCACCUGACACGCCGCCGCAAACCCAAAACAACUACUGGCCCGGACCUUCGCCGACGGUCAAUACGGGCUCCAAUUCCAACCCUUCAUACUUCAGCCACUACAGCAACAGUUUCGUCAAGGGUGGCACCUUGCUGCCGCCCUAGAAUUCCUCAACGGAUUUAACCCAAUGCAUGGGUUUUAACCAUUUUCCAAUUGCAUGGCUCCUGCAUCGACUUGACAAAAUUUCGGUCCCAGGUCAGCAGUUUAUUCUACAUCCUGGAUCAACUGACAUCGGUAUUUGUAUUCAGAUAAAUGUAACAAAAUUCACUUGA